AUGGCCAUCAACUUCCAACCCUCAUUUGAAAGCAUAAGGCUCAUCUUCCUCAAGCUUUUUGCGGUUUCAUUUUCUUCCUUUAUGUUCUUCUUGCUUGUUUCCAUCUUUCUCUCCUCUAAUGUCAAGUUUCACAUAACUGAGUCUUCUCUCUCAGAGUUCAACCUCACAAGCAACAACACCUUAGAUUACAAAUUAGAAGCCAACAUCGCACCAAGAAAUUCCAACAAGAACGCGGAAAUAUGGCAUUGGAAGAUCGUCGCAAUUGCAUGGUACGAAGAUAUUGACUUUGCUGAUGAAGUGAAUUUGUCAUAUGUUGAAGGAAAGGGUGUGAUCAAACUUAAAAGUAAAGCAGGUUACAAGUAUAAAGAAGAGGCGCGUUUAUGGAUCUAUAAUCAGUCUUUCUUUGAUUUCUAA